AUGGCAGAAGACAGUUCAAACUUCCAGGUUCCGAGCGUUCCAAAGUUUGACGGUGACUAUGAUCACUGGUGCAUGGUGAUGGAAACACUCCUAAGGUCCAAGGAUUACUGGGUGGUGAUCGAAAAUGGGUUCCGUGAACCCACAUCAGGGGAGCAGCUCAUACCCACGCAGAGAACAACCUUAGAGACGAUGAGGAUCAAAGAUCUGAAGGCAAAGAACUAUCUAUUUCAGUUAAUAGAUAAGCAGAUCUUGAAGACUAUUACCCAAAAGGAGUCGGCGAAGCAGAUUUGGGAUGCUAUGAAGACAAAGUACAAGGGUAAUACAAGAAUUAAGAGAGCUCAGUUGCAAAGGCUAAGGAAAGAGUUUGAAACUUUAGAGAUGAAAGAAGGUGAAUCAGUCACUGACUAUUUCAGUAGGGUGAUGGUUAUUUCAAACAACAUGCAGAACUGUGGUGAAGACAUGACAGAAGUGAAAGUGGUAGAGAAAGUCCUUCAUUCACUCACUGAAAACUUCAAUUUUGUGGUGUGUACCAUUGAAGAAUCAAAGGAUAUUGAUAAGCUUUAUGUUGAUGAACUACAAAGUUCACUGUUAGUUUAUGAACAAAAGCUGGUAUGA